AUGUCGGUGGUUCUGUUCAUCGUAUUGACUCCCGGAGUAUUGUUUCAGCUUCCCGGGAAGACCAAAGUGGUUGAGUUUGGUGGUUUUCAGACAAGCGGUGCAGCCAUUGUGAUUCACACUCUCAUCUUCUUUGCAUGCAUCACGGUUUCCCUCAUUGCUCUUCAUAUCCACAUAUAUGCUGCCUAA